AUGGCCGUUCCAGGAAGGAACAACGGGGUGGAGGAGGAGGAGGCCGGGGAGGGGGCCCUCUUUGAGGAGGCCUGGGGCGAACCAGAGCUUGAGGUUCCUCCCCAUCUCCGAGACUUCGCCGUCGCCGCGCAGAACGGCGAUGUUGACGCGCUUCGUGUUGCUCUCGGUACGCACCAUGCUAUUCUUCUUAUUGUGGGAGCACGGAUGGAUAUCUAGAAAGUGGCGUACCUUUGUACAUUUGCUAUGAGAUCUCUUCUGGAACUAUCGCGCCAUGUUUCUGCUGUGAACGUAGCGAAGCGAAUAAUAAUGUUCGUUUUCGGCAGCUCUUGGGCAUUCCUCAUUGUGGCUGAUCGCAAAUCACAAACAUUGACGUAGGUUUAUGUGUUUAUCCUCUUUGACGUGCAUUUGUCUCAGAUAUCGGUAAUUCUCAGGUAAUACGAUCGUCGAUGCAACUCUUCCCAGUGAAAUCAACCAGCGUGUUUCAUUGGUCGGACCAGCCGUGAGGUCUAGAGAUAUGUUGCUCUACAAGGAUCCGUAUGAAUUGCGUUAAAGAUGUUCUGAGAAUCAAUCUCUUGACAUGUAUAACGUCUACCUGUUGACAUACAAGUGUGUUGAGUGGCAGUCUGCAAUUUUUUCGUGUGGACCUGACUGACAUUAUGUGCUGCACGGCGCGUAGUCCUUUCAGAUGUUUUUAUCACCAAGAACUGUUUCACAGACUAGUAUGACUUAUCUUACCUCUAAGUCAGUCCAUGAUUCUCAUCAUCGAGGUGAAUUUUUGGAACUAGUAGGGAUUUGAGAGCUAAGGACAUCUAGUCACCUGUGGUCCAGAACAUCAUCGUUGUUUCUUUUCUUUUCUUAGGCAAGUUUCUUAAGUUUGUGCAAUCAUACUGUUUCUCAUAUUUUACCGAACCUAAUUCAGGACCAAUUAUUUCUGCUCUAAGGUGUGUUGCAUAGGAAAUCAGAAAUGCGUCAAGUAGGAGCCCAUGGUGAAAGGGGAUAGAGUGUUUCUUGAUGUAUCUUAACAGAUCACAUGAAGCCAGUACACUUUGUCCAAGUUCUCGAUCUUUGAUAUUACCAGUGUUUCUUGUCGUCCUUCUGUGUGAAAUGUCCUCAUAUGAAAGCUAAAAACUGGUUGAGGGCUUCUCAUCGGUUUUGAUGUUGUCUGCGGAUCUAUUGAAAUUCUGUUUUGAGGUUAAAAGCUUAGUUUAGCUUAUAUCACAUCACAUGGAGGAAAUGGAAGUUUAACGUCUGUGAUUCCUUCCGGGGUCACGGUUCUCUAUAUGUAUUGAAGACAUUUAAUGAUAAGGUAGUCUUUUUCCAGGUUUUGGCUACGGGAUCAUUCCCUAGAUAAGUUAGACUCAAUGAUUCGUUACUCCUUUCGUUGCGUGGGUCAGGUAAACGUUGUAUGUUUGCCUUCUCAUGAGAGCACAUUGGGGCACUAAGCAUCCGUGCUUCAUGGCUUCCUCCACUAUCAUGCUUUUCUUUGUAAGAAGACCAUAAUAAAAAUCAAUUGAAUCAUUUCUGUCAGCGAAUGAUGUUUAGGUGGAGCUCAUGUUAACAUUGUAAAAGAUGAGUAGGUAGGUUUGGAUAAGUAAAAUGUGACGUAGGCACAGCAGGCUCGAUCCAAUAGGGUUUGGAAAAGAGAUGACAAACUAGAAUCGCACAAGGCAUAUUUUCUUAGUUCAUGGACUUGUCUAAACUUUGCUUUAUUAUCUGGAAUGGAAUCACGGUCAGCUGGGUCCACCAAAAUGACUUUUUCUAGUCUCCUGUGACAUGAAGAAUAUCUGGGGCAUUGAAUCUAUAGCGUAUGACGUCAAUUGACCCGUUGGACAAUAUCCUAUUUUUACUCGGUUUUUCUUUCUGGGUAUCUCCUGCACCACUGUUGUUCCCAACCUCACAGUUUGCAGCUUUCCAUGAGCGUGCUGCCAGCCGUUUAUGUCACUCUAACUCCAUUUCCUUCCUCGUUUGCGUGAAGAGCAGACAAUCUGUCUGGUAGCAUUGAUGAGCCACUCGAAGAUGGAGAUACAGCUCUUCAUUUGUGCUGCCUGUAUGGUUACCUGCCCUGCGUUAAGGUUGGCAACCUGAGACUCUAAUUACCUUCUUUUUUGUUAGUUAUUCUCUGAAUCUCCACGCAGUAAAAGCCCUAACAUCAGUUGUUAAUAUUCCAUUGAAGCUACUGCUGGAACGAGGAGCUAGCUUGGAGUCCAAGGAUGAAGAAGGGGCGAUUCCUCUCCAUGAUGCAUGUGCAGGAGGUGGAGCAAAUCCCUCAGCCACCAUCUUCCAUUGACAUAUCGGCUAUUUACUAGUGCCAUCUUCAGGGUUUAUUGAGAUCGUGCAGCUCUUACUUGACUCUGCUAGCAACCCGGAGGACAUGAAGCAGAUGCUAGAAACUGUGGACUCUGAGAAUGAUACUGUAAGCAGAGACCUUAUACCUCCGACCCUUCAUCUCUAUGCAUGCGUGGACGAGUCUACUCAUCUAUCAUCUCUGUAGCCUCUUCACCAUGCGGCCCGAGGCGAGCAUUUGGACGUGGUUCAGCUGCUCCUGAAAGCCGGCGCCUCUCCUUGCAAGGAAAACAUCUAUGGAAAGGUUUCUCUUUCUUUUAUCGUUCAAUGGUGUUCAACCAAUUGGAUGUCUCUGGAGACUCUAAUCUCUGAUUUCGAACAGACUCCCGCUGAGCUCUGCGACCAGAGAGCUGAUAUCAGGGGAGCUCUAUGCGCUGCAUCAACAUCCGAACGAAGGUAG